AUUAUGUAUUGAAUGCCAGUACAGUUACAAUCAAUUUAUCGAUUAAUUUGCACGUUCUUACAUCAAAAUGCAGUAAAAGUUAAGGUCCAUUUUAAACAAAAGUGCAAUGCAGCUGUCAGAACAAUAUAUCUAUGUUCCAGCAGCCAUAAAGCCCAGUAACAUAAAAAAGGCCACUCUGCAGUCUUACAGAUACUCUGCAAAUCUAUUUUAUGUCUGCCAUUGUACACUGGUAACUAAUUCACUUUCACUGAAGCUGGGACAAGAACAAAGGGGCUGCAGUGUGGGAAAAACAUCGUCAUCAUAGAUGAGAACAAGACACCAAUAUUAGUCCAAUGUAUAUAUUUUUCAUGGUAGAAAUAGGUGAAAAUCUGAGCAAUAACAAAAGAGGUGGAGGGAUGUGAUGUGGAAGAGUGGAGAGGGGAGUGCAGGCAAAUGUGUGUGUUUUGUGUGCGCGUGUGUCAAGGCGGUCUUUCUGGUGCGAGAAAAAAAAACAGUCUCGGUGGGAAAGGAGCAUAUGAUGAAGGUAUGUAAAUGCACUUAAGGGACGGAAAGUGGCGUCGGGGGGCUUCGUAAGACCGCACGGAGGCUUCUGUGUUUGAUUUUUAGUUGAAGAUAGGUGCAGUCACCUCAGCGGUGUGUGAAAAGAGCGAGAGUGGGGGGCGGGGGUGUGUGGACCUCAUCACUGACGGGACCCACAGCCACCCUGAUUGUGCCCCGCUCUCUUCAUUUCUGGAGGUGAGGACAAAAGGGGAAUAAACGGGGCAAAUCAAGAGAGGCCCGGGAUCCGAUUGUCGUGACGACCCCCCCACCCUCCCCAGAAAUUGGUCGCCGGUGGUCGGGAUUUCCUGGACCCAAAACGGCUGAGGGAAAAAGCGGCGUAGCAUUUGACUCAAGACUGAGACUGGGAUUUCCUGCCACAACAGCGGGAUUGUCAAAAGGAGCCUUUCACUCUCAACUGGGCCUCGUAUUGGUACGUUUUCAGGUAUGUAUGUGUUGAAGGUGUUAGCUAACGUGCCCCGACCCACGUUAGCUCCUAAAAAACGCCGAGGUUUCUACGUGUCUGGCCAGCUGGAAAAUGAAUUCAUCUGCAUGGAGUUGCUGAGGGAAAAACGAGAGCUGGAGUUUGAAAGGAUUGAACUGGAAGUGGAAUAAAUGGAUUACCUUCCUUUUGGGAAAUACGUUGCUCUGGAGUUGGGUAGAAUUAAAUGAUGGCUGACAGACAAUAACAAAGGUAAGACGGCUAAAUGCUCAAGUACCAGGAGAGCGUCAAGAGGAAUCUAUGCCCGGAACUAAUGAAAUAAGAGGGACCAAAGACUGUUCUCGCCCAGAUGAAUGCAUGCAGUGAAAGAGACAAACAAAACAAAAAACAAACAUGAUAUGAAAUGAGAAUGAUCAAGAAAGGCAAGAGCUGAAGUGUCACCCUGCAUCCAAGAGUGGAUGAGAAUAUCAAUGGAGUUCUGGGAGGCGUGUUGUCAAAGUCUGUUUUCAGACCUUUUUGACGCAAAUCCUUCGAAACCUUUUUGGUCCACGUCCUGGCAAAAUUACACAUUUUAACAGAAGAAAAAGACAUCUUGCCAAAAUUCUGUCUCAAUGGAACAAAUAUUUUUUGCGCCAUUGCAGUUGUGUCUUUCCAUAAUCGGGCUCCUGAAAGAGCGAUGUUUACAGGAGAUGUUUUGCUACAGCAUCUGCAAGUGAGACUUUUAAUGUUGCCUUACAUAGUGAUGUGUUAGUCAUCCAGGAUAUCAUAUUCUUGAUGCCAAACCGCAGAGGAAUGACGACAAGUUUGAAACCCACCGCGAUGUCGGCCUUUGUAUGUGGAAUCAACCAUAUACCAAUGCCACAUUGAAGUGAGAACAUUUUUACUCUUUGAUAUGACUUUGAUCUGUUGGGUACUUAUAGCAUUCAGCUAUACAUUCCCAGGGCUCCAGUGAAUUGAAGCAAGCAUUUCAUUUUUUAAAAAGUUCUGCUGUCUUCUGCAUCCAUGAUUCCCGUUAUCAGCCCUUCAUUUAUACAUGGGUGGCAUUUCCCACGGACAUUAAUCGGUGUCGUCUUUCUUUAAGUUGAAAGGGACAAAGAUGCAGAAUUUUUCCAAUAGCCCCACCCCCCAUUCUCUGGCCCCUGGCUUUAGCAUGAGGGGUGGAGGUGCACCUCCGUAUCCCCCCCAAACUGCAGACCCUCAGGUCUCCCCGAGGAUGACGGAAGAUUAUGCGGCAAUGCAACAGCAGAGCCUACACAGAGGCCAGCUCCAGUCCAAUCAAGCCAGCCACAUGCUCGCUUACAAUGCUCGAAACAGAGCCAUUGUAGAGGCACCGCCCACACAGGGUAACCUUCACAGCGGCAGUAACAACCCUUACAGGAAGGACACAAUGGAUUAUUAUUUUUCAUUGGGCGGGAAGGACAAAAACAGAAGAGGGGGCCUAGUCUAUGGAACAGGAUUUGGUUACCCGAAUAUUGAUGGACACAUACCUCCCCAGUACAGACAUUCUGGUGCAGGAUCUGUAUUAUCAUCUGGCAUCAUGUCACAAUAUUCAAUAGAUUAUGGGCCCGGCACUGGAUCAGGUGGAGGAUCUGGAGCUUUCUCUCCUCAUCAAUACAAUAUGAGUCAGAACGCUGCAUUGCAGGCCUUGCCAUCUUCUCAGAGCCGCCAACAUGGACAAACAUUCUCCCCCGUCCACCAUGGGCAGCAGCAUCGGAGUUAUCCGAGCUCUGGGCAUAGAAUGACCCCUCAAUACCCACAAUACUCUCCACAGGCUGGAGCGCCCACAGGGUCAUCGGGAAUGUAUAGCCCACCUCCGCAGAGAUAUGCUGAUGGCACUGCUAGCACGGGUUUUGAUCCCAAAGUCAACAGUUCUCACAGUGUCAACUCAAGUGCAAACUCCGCCUCUGGUUUAUCUGCUGCUAACAAUAUGGGGCCCGUCGAGCAGCGCUACCAUGCAUCAAACUAUGCUGGAUAUAUUCCGCAGACGCAAACACUUAACAAGGACGGCACACUGCAGCACUGCAACACACAGCACAAUUUAGGUGUGGGCUAUGACAACCCUCUUAAGAUGCAGCACCAGGGCCCAACCCGCGGCUCUGUAUAUGCUAAACAUCCCCAGGCCUCCACGCCCAGUAUACCUCCUGCAACAUCUCAAGAACUCGCCAAAUCCCCGUUGCAUCCUCAACAAAGUCAGAUGAACCAAAACCUCAGCCCAAUUUCCAACCCGUCCCCAGCUGCCUCUGCAGUACAUUCCCCCAGCUGUAGCUCCACCCCUUCCCCUUUGAUGGGUGUUUCAGAAACCUACGUGAACCCCUCUGUUCCUUCCCACCCGUCAUCUACUGUCCAUAGCAGCAGUCACGGUCAUAGAUUAAUACAGGCUGCGUCACAGUUAAGUCCAACACCCAACUCAAACAGUAGCAUCAGUAGUUGUGGUAGCAGCGGCAGUCACAAAGGUCAUAACAUCAGUACUGCUAGAGUAAACAGUGUGCCACCAACAAGCUGCAACAAAACUGGUCUAGGUUCAGGGCUCGUGCCCCGAGAGGAAGGUCCCUCUCCCUCCGUUUAUUCAUCUCCCCCAGUUGGGAAAAUGCAGGAUACUGGAGUAAAUAGUCUUAAUGCCUUGAGCUCCCAGGUCGCAAAUUUACCGAACACCAUUCAACACAUGCUCCGCACCGACAAUGUGCUCUCACAGAAGAAGGGCAAAGAUGGUGGGCAGGUGCAACAAGCAACACACGGUGUUCCGCCAUUGCCACCGAGGAGUAGAAAUGCAAGUGCAGCCUCAAGCACCGGCACAGUUAAAGAUGGAACUGUUGUAGGACUUGCCGAAGGUCCCUGUUUAGAAAGUGUUGCCGAUGAAGACUCCUCCUAUGUGUCCGCAGAGACCAAGAUAGAGCAAGAGGAUCACUUGAUAGAGGGCGGGCAUACGAGAAUGAGGCAGACGAGUGGUGCAAGCAGUGCAUCUGAACCAAUUUUUUAUCAUCCUCCUCACAGUCAAACCCAGCCACAACCUGGACAAGCAUUAAAUGCCAAAACCUUCACUUACAAGUCACCACCAAAAGUAAUAGUCUCAAAAGGAAAUGUUUGCCCCGCUUCUGCGUUAGCAUCUCCAUCUGAGUGUCACUCGUCAGAUGCUGACCCAAAUUCACAUUCAAAACCUCCUGUUUCCUCAUCCACCUCCUGUAUUAUUACUCCCCCCCAACCAAACCGUGUCUCACAUCCUAGUUUACUAAAUAAUAACUCAAAAGGCAGCCAUAAAAAGACUGCAGAAAUAAUCAAAAACGAACAGAUCAAAAUCGAAAAUGAAGAUGGGGUUGAGAAAAUGGAGAAAGGCAAUAGCCAAAUACUUCGAGAUGGAGAAAUCAGCACAAAGCACGGACAGGACAAAGAAAACAUGUUGCAUACUGCUUCCGCAGCACAUGACGAGAGUGAUCAAAAACCCAUUUCUGAGGAGCAGCUAAGUGUUGGCGUGAUCGUUUCGGCUCGUUCCGAGGGAAGUCAGGUAGAAAAGAGCAAGCAACCCCAAGACCUCUGUUUGAAGGAGAAACCCUCACAAUCCUAUUUGAAAGAGUCGUCGAGUAAUAACGGAGAGGAAGGUAUCGACCUAAGUAGAUAUUCAUCUCAGCACCCAAAAUCAAAUAUGGAGCAGGCCCACAAUCUCAACCAAUUUGGAUCACAUAAGUAUGGCUUUGGAGACUCAUCGUAUGGCUCUGAUUUGUCCCUGGUGAAGAAAGGAAGGACGAGGCCAGCAGGUGUGAUGGAAUCAAGUUCCAGAAACUAUCCGCAAACGCAUUCCGGUUAUGGUCCCGAGCAUUCAAAGGAACUGAGUUCUCUCGCCGAGUCAUUCGGAAAGAGAGGCCAAGCCAUCGGACCAAAAGGGCAAGAGGACAUUUCUCAAAUCCAACAAUUCCCGAGCCUUUUACAAGAGGUUCUUCAGGGCUAUAAUUUAGAUAGACGUUAUGGAAGACCAGAACAGGCAUUUCCUGCACAUCUCCAAGUUCAACAACCAUUUCAAACAAGAUACGCUUAUGGUAUGACCGAAAACAUGAGGAUGAUGGAAGGUGGAGCCAGUGACAAUUUGGCCCUAAUGGGCACUGCUGGAAAGCCCCAACAUCCCAAUCAUCGACUUGGAAGUAAAAACAAUUUUGCCACAGGUCUUCAAUCCUCCAUUAAGAUGGACGUUUCCAAUCCCAAGCUUUUGCAAAAUACUGCCAAAAAAGAAGCAGAUUUCUCUGAGGAUCAUUUACCAGCAGCCUCAGACGCACAGCCAAUCCAACCGAAACACAUCAAUUUAGCCGACUAUUCUCUUCCACAAAGAAAAACAUUGCCCAGUAAGUCCACUUCAUCAUCUGCUGUACAGGAGCUGCUUUUGCAAGAGCCCGAGCCACUGAAAGGGUGCACCGUUCAAGGAGAAUCUCAGAAAUCUGAACGUCGCUCUGUCAUCUGUGAUGUGUCACCAAAUACACGGAGCACACCAGAGAAGGACAGGGACAGUAACAGAGAGCGAGAGAAGAAUCAGAACGCGGCCUCUGUCAUUCAGCAGCCGUUUUCCUCCCCAGCAUCAGCCAAUGAUAUGAGUAAAAAGGACCUUUUAGAGAAAAAAGUGGUCAAAAUUGAAACGGUAUCCAAAGAGAUCGGCCCAAAUCCCGAUUUUCAUGGCAGCGGUGGAACUCAUGACAGUGAUAUGGAAUAUUCUUCAAAAUCGACACAUUCAUCCAUUGUGCUAAACGCUGACCCCUACAGACACCUGCCGCCCCAAUCUCUGAGCGCAAAUCCUUUAUCAUCACCAUCAAGACAUCAGUCGUAUCUUCAUGGUGCGGAUUUAGCAACAAGCAAUGCCAACAGUUUCCCAGGCUAUCGCUUUGGAGACACCAGAGAAAGCAAUGUGCCUCACGGCCACUCUCAUUUUCCUUCCCACCAUCCAUACCACAAUUUAUCGCCGCCGGCUCAAAUUACAAACAAGCUUCAAAUGUAUCCUCACCCUCGCGGGCCUUUCCAGCAUUCUCAUGAAAUAAACGAUUGGGUGAAAGCAAUGAACAGGUCCGCCAAGGAUAUGAUGAUGAUUCCAGUUUCUUCCCCAGGAAGGCAUAAAGUUAGCCACCCAGAGCACAGACAGAGGAUGAUCCCUCAAGCAGACAUUCACAGUGAUCAACAUGCAAGCAAAACACUGCUGCAUCACCAAGGCGGAUAUUAUGACAUGAAAAUGUGGGAGUCGACACCCCCGGGCAGAGAUGGCGUUAGAAUAGUUGAUGCCGAUUCUUGCUACAGGACACAGGCACUUCCGCCGCCGUCAUCUGUUCCUGCAGUUUCACAGGUUCCACCGAAGGCUCAUGGCCCGAACACAACUGAACUUGAGGAAACCAAACGUCCCUGCUUUCCUCCUUCGUGCAACUCUACUAAACCUCAGACUGACGUAACUCCUGCUCAACCACAGGUGCAGCGUCAAACUAAGUCUGGUGGUCCUGGAGAGACAAAUCCUCUUAUAUUGAGAAGGAGAGUGCGUUCUUUUAUCUCUCCUAUUCCUGCCAAACGACUAAUGCAGGAUGCGUCUCAGCAGAGGGCUGCCGCAAAUUCACACCCUACUGGAGCGCACUCGGAGUCAAACCAUCGCAAUGAAGACGAAUCGUCAUCUUCUGAUAUUCCACAUCUCUCUUCCCCUUUGCCUGGCGAUAAUAUCUUUCCCAAAUCUCUCUCUCCAUUAAGUGGAAGUACAAAGGCCUUGCCUCCAAAGAAAGGACGCGGUUUGAAACUGGAGGCAAUUGUUCAGAAAAUAUCACCAAGUGUUGGAAAGCCUCCAGGCAUCGGUGAUGAUGGAACAAAUCAUUACCCGGGCUUUACUAAUGCCACAAUGCCACCGUUUAGUGCGUCACAGGACCAAGACAUGACCCAUUUUCCCAGAGUUGCCGGAGGGGAUGAUGGUUACAUUGACGACACUCACUCGUUAAAUGACAUGAUGUCCUUCAGAGGUGUAGAUGAGACUGGCCCGUUGCCACUGUCUGGCUACCCGUGUGAUCCACAAACCCGCAAGCAAAAAGAUUUUGACUUUGGCUUAGGAGGUGCUGUGGUAUCAGCAUCCGGUGACAAGGAAGACUUUGCACUGCUCGGGCCUUUACCCCCUCCUCCACCCCUCCCUCGCCCGGUUCAGGGUUCUCCUCCUCCAUCUUCAUCUGCCCUGUCAGACAUUCAGCAUUUCACCAAUACUUACCAGCAGCUUGAGACAAGAAGAGGAGAGCAGUCCGCUGCCAACCUUCUUCGACAGAAACUUCAAGAAUCUGGCAUGGGAUUUGAUGACUAUGCUGGUAGUGACUACUACGGCGCGACCUCACCACAUCAUAGCCAGUCUCAAGGACAUGUUCUGAGCAGACAUCAAAUGUCCUCUCCUCGGCCAAAUCUGUCCAUACAAGAUUGUAAGGCUUCAGAUAGCGCUGUGCCUAAAGGCUAUUUUCCAUCUGGCAAGAAGAAGGGCAGACCCGUUGGAAGUGUGAAUAAACAAAAGCGUCUCCCAACCCAAGCCCAAACACCGAUCCAGUCUCAAGUCCCAGCUCAAACCAUGAAUCAGAAUUCUUCUCAACCGCCACCAACUCCCGUUUCAGCCGCCCUUAUAGUACCGGACAUAGUUCAAACUGCAACCAGCACAGCCACCUGCAUCUUGGAAAACAAAAGCACUCCUCCUCUGACGCCGCCCACUUUAACCCAGAUGGUAAAAGUGGAUGUUGAGAAUCAAUUGAGUCAGCCUGAGAUUGAAGUGAAACCUGCGAGACGGCGGCGCAAAGGUUUGAAAGAUGAAGGCGGCUCGCCGGAAAGAAGAGGCCGUCAAAGAAUAAGGAGAGCAGGGGCACCGUCAUCACAAUCAGCGGCUAAAGAUAACCCAGAAAUGCUGCUGGGGGCAAAAGGAGCCAACAGCAUCAAUAGAGCAUUCCUGGAUCCAAAUCUCAAAGGCCUGUUUGUGCCACACAUUCACGUGGAGAACAAAAUACCCGAGAUUGGGUCGGUGUGCACCAUUGUAAAUGCUGAGGACGACAAGUUAAAAGGCGAGCGUAGUGCAAAUGGAGGGAAAACGGGUGUCGGCGCUAUUGAUUCUCUACCACCCUCAACUCUUUACUCACAGUCAUCAAAGAGAGAAUCAGAGCUGAGGGAGACGGACCAGGUGGAGACGACACUUCAGUCGGGAAAAGCGCUUCCUUCUUCUGACUACGUUGUUUCCGGACCUGCUGUUACAGAAACUAAACACUCUGGGCGUCAGCUGUGCUGUCUGUGUCAAAAAUGGGCCAAUUACAAGCACCUCGGAGAUCUUUAUGGGCCAUACUAUCCUGCAGAAUAUGCUGCCAAGCUCCCCAAAAACCAGCCCCAGCUUCGACAAUGUCACACCACCACAGGUGCAACCAAAACGGCACCAAACCCACAAAUCGGCUCAAACGCUUUGGACACUUUGCAGAACUUGCAAAAACAACAUGUUCCGUUCUCCAGACCCGUGGCUACAAGUAACUGCACCGUAAACUUGGAUUUAAAUCUUAAAUCUCUUUCCGCCGCAGUAAGUGCUCCUCCCUUAACUUUUAGAGAGGAUGUGAUUGGCGAGUCCAGCGCCAUUGCCUCUUCUUAUACCGCCAAUAAAACGCCAUCUUUAUCCUGGGACGUGAACUUUGAUAUCAUACCUAUUCCAGAGCUAAAAAGAGAGCCGGACUUUGACACGUCGCAGCAGCAGCAGCAGCAGCUGCAGCUGCCAAAACAGCCACAGGAGCAGCCAGCAGAGGAAGCCCAGCAACGACCGCAACACCGAAAGCUGACCUCACAUCCACGCUUUAAACGGAGGCACAAAUCGAGCGAGGACUCCCCCAGAAUGGUGCCGUCCAACAGUAAGGCCUCUCUGCCCUUUCAACCUCCGCCGCCGGCUUUGGACUCCCUGGGACCGUUGGCGCAACUUGCCCAGUUGCCUCAGAUGCCCAUGGACCCAGAGGAGUUGUGGGUUCAUGAAGGAUGCAUCGUGUGGACCAGUGGAGUAUAUCUUGUCAAUGGGAGGCUGUACGGCCUGCAGGAGGCACUAGAUGGUGCCAGAGAAACAAGCUGUUCAUACUGUGAGAUGGUUGGCUCCACCCUGGGCUGCUACAGUAAAGGCUGUAUCCGUCGAUAUCACUAUCUUUGUGCCAUUGAAACAGAUUGUUCUCUCAAUGAAGAUAACUUCUCAUUGCGGUGUCCAAAGCACAAGGUAACCCAGAACUUCCGGCCCGCCAAAUCCAUGUACCUGGAGCAGUCUGAGAGAGGGUUUGGACAAGAGGUCGGCUCUGAGAUGCGACUCGGCGUGAAGACGACUUGCGCAGGGCCGGGCACCAAAAGGGAAUGUACAAUUUCACCAGGAAUCUGAAUCAUUUCCAUUCAAGACAUUACAGAAAAGAGGCCGCUAUUAUUGCUCUUUGACUUCAAAGCAGAAAAAGACCCAAACACGCAGAUUAGACGAACAAAGCGGAAGGAAAAAGACCUUAAAAAGAAAACACGGAGAUCGAAGUGGAAUCGAGUGACAGGGGAACAAAGGAACGUUUCAGUCAAGAACAAAAGAAGCAAAUUUCUUCUCUGGGCUCACUUUGGUUUUCUUGAAACACCCCCCUAAGUGUUCAAUUCUUGCUCAUCAUCACCUAUUUUAACAUGUACCUUUUUUUUAGUCUGGAUAUUCUUUUGAUUGUUUUAAAGGAGGCCUGUUGGGAGAAAACAGGAUGUCAACCUGAGAAAAGAGUGAUUGGGAGGUUCUCUCGCAAAUAGUAUUUUAUCUCAUGAUAUCAAAAUGAAGUCAUAUUUUAGCCCUCAUUAUUAUUUUUGUAUCCUCAUCAGUAUUUACCCGUAAUGAUAAAAUGGAUGUAUUUCACUUUAUAUUUCGUCAAAACGUUAAUUGUCUGCAUUUUUCCCCUCCCUUCUUUCUUUCGUUCCUGGAGAGAGAGAGAGGAGCCAAAUUGAUGUCCUGGAAUGUCAGGGUCAAGUUUGCCACAAAGACAUUUAUUGCCUUGGAGAACGGACAUUUGUUGCCUUUCAAUGGAGUGUAAGUGUGUGCGUGUGAGUGUGAGCGAAUGGGUAAGAGAAAGAAAGUGCUAUACCAUUCUGGUCCUUUUUGAAAAGUGUUCUUAUUUUUCAUCAUGAGCUUUUUACGGUACAGCGAGUAUUCCUGAAAAAUCAGAUGGACACAGUCUUAUUUUUGGAGCAUAAAUGUUCCUCACGUGCGCGGAGAAGGUAAAGCGAUGGACCAACGUCCAGGCUAUCUUUGACCAUGCGGAGCGGACUAAGAUCGAAGAUGAAGGACAUUGAGCGGUGCCCAGCAUUGCGCAAGCGCAUGGUGGGCACUACGUAGGAAUUGUGACGAGCGGGCGUCAGUCACGCCUUCGGUAACACUUUGGGGAAUAAGACAACACGAAUAUUGAGGAUGUUGUGGACGGCUGCGAUUGGCCACUUGGCCGCACAGGCCAACGGGGACCAAGCUUCACUAAGUAGUUUUUCCAGCGCUGGCACAGCGGGAGAUCCAAAAUCCAUUCAAAAGAGACAUUGCCAUCCGAUUUCAAACUGUAAGUUGUACAUGGUGUUGUCUUGAUCAUUUUUUAUUGUUAUUCUUGUACGAGGAAAAAAAAAAAGAAUCAAGCUAGAAGACAGCAGUAACACUAUCAGAACCAUGUUGUAUCACAAAAGUUGUCAAUAUGUAUAUGAAUUAUGAAUACACUUGUUAAAUGCUUCAA